AUGUUUUUUCUAAAAUAUUUCCCAAUUUCAAUUUUUAUAUUUUUUGUGGUUUUGUCUUUUAAAGAUGAUGCUACAAUUGUUAUUUCACAUCCAACACAUCUUUCUCAGCCUGGAUUACAGAUGUUAUUAAUUACUGGACAACAACAAGACAAACCACACCGUAUAGUUAAACGUUUUAGCUGCUCGGGUCAAGACUGUUAUAUUAAUUGUGUUAAUCAAGAAAAGAAUGAAAAGGAUAAAGAAAAGGCUAAAAAAGAAUGUGCCGGACAGUGUGACUGUAAUUUGUCUUCAAAGAAGAAUUAAAUAUGAAGAAAUUUUUGAAAUAAAAAAUGCUUUAAAAUAAUUAAAUAAAAUAACCAUUUAAAAUAAAAUAUAUUUGGUAGAUUUUUUAAUAAUUUGGUGGAUACUAUUUUUAAUAAAUUGAUUAAAUUAAUUAAAGAUUUAUGUAAUUUACAAAAUGGGAGGAAAA